CUCGACUUUUGGCUGCGUCAGGUCGCCUGGCGGGCUGCGAUCCAGCAUCACCUCCAAGCUCACUCUGGUAACGACAUAUCGUGGGCCACUCCAGUCACCGCCGCAGCCAUGUCGACCCGAAAGCCCCAAUUCCACCAGCAGAACCUCGUGGAUCUGACUCCCCUGCCGGAGUCGAUCCCGGCGGUCAAGGAGGUCGGCGCCACCUCUGCGCCGCUCAUGUCGGCAUCCUUCUUCAUCGGCGCCCGCUGCCGGCCGUACAACGACGACUUCAUGCAGUGCAAGGAGGAGAACCCCGGCAAGGGCGAGUUCGAGUGCCUGAAGGAGGGCCGCAGGGUCACCCGGUGCGCGUCGAGCGUCAUCGAGGACAUCAACAAGCACUGCCUCGAGGAGUUCCGCAAGCACUGGCAGUGCCUCGACAACAACAACCACCAGAUGUGGCAGUGCCGCAAGGAUGAGUGGAAGCUCAACUCAUGUGUCUUUGAUAACCUGAAACUCGAAAAGACCAUCCCUGGCACGCCCAGCUACGAGACUCCCGUGCACCUUCGGUCGCGGCAGAUCUACGCUCACUACCCUAUCCUCAGAGAACGUGGUCAGGCCCCGUACCCUAAGGCCAUCGACCCGCCGUCGGUUGCCGCAGCCAAGUCUGAGGCAUGAAGAGCGCGAUGGCGAACCCGAGGGCAUGAUGCGGACUUUCGGGAAACCAUAGCUUGGGGACAGUAGAGCCAAGUGUACAUAAUCGAGACAGGCCAAUGGAC